ACAAAAACAAAAGCAAUUUACAAACCCAGCAAGCAGCAACAGUACUCACCACUCCGCGCAAGCGCAACGCAACACAUUCACCAAUCACCACCACUCUCUUUACCAGUUGCCAUUGCAAAUAGACAGACCCACAAAAAAAGUUCUUGUUCUUGCUCAACACGAAACAGAAAUACACAAAGUGAAAGUCCCUCUGUCAGUGUCAACCGCGUACCCUUCAAUCCAAGUUCUUGCUCAAUACUCUAGAUUUUUGUGCUCCAUGUAUUAUUAUUAUUAGUACUUCAAAAAGAUGAUCUCAAAAUCCCCAAUUGCCCAGUUGAAACCAUCCCCAGCUGCACCCAAUUCUUUGAUUUUUCAUCAUAAUAAGGACUUUUGCAAGUUUGGGUAUUCUGCAAAGAGUUUUUCUGAGCACAAGCACAGGUUCAAGCUUGUUGGGCAGUCUUUUGGGGAUAGAUGGAAGCUGACUGACAUCAAUGCUAAUGUAGUGCAAGAAAGAUUGAACUUAUGGCUUUUGAAAACUCAAAAUUUUUUUAGUGAAGUGGCUUCUCCACUUGCAAAAACUGGUCAAAGUAGAAAGCCUGAUCCUGGAAAUGCUUUUGAUACUCCGGAUAUGGAGGACAUAUUUAUGGCAGAACAGACUAUUCAGAGCAGAACACCGAAUGGGAUUCUCUCUUUAGCUGCUAUCGUAUCUAUUGAGCAAUUUAGCAGGAUGAAUGGAUUGACUGGGCAGAAAAUGCAGAAAAUAUUUAAAGCACUCGUUCCUGAAUCUGUAUAUAAUGAUGCCCGUAAUUUGGUUGAAUAUUGCUGCUUUAGAUUCUUGUCAAGGGAUAGUUCUGAUAUUCUUCCUUCUCUCAAGGAGCCUGCAUUCCAGAGACUGAUAUUCAUAACAAUGCUUGCAUGGGAGAAUCCUUACCAAGAAGAGCUUGCAAAUGCUUCAGAGAAAGCUUAUUUUCAGAGGAAGCUUGUUAGAGAAAAGGCUUUUGUUCGUAUAGCUCCAGCUGUUUCUGGUGUGGCUGAUCGGUCAACAGUGCACAAUCUAUUCAAGGCACUUGCUGGUGAUGAAGAGGGUAUCUCUUUGAGUGUGUGGCUAACUUAUAUCAGUGAACUUCUCAAAGUGCAUGAAGGACGGAGAUCAUACCAGAUUCAAGAAUGUCCCCAGUUUUAUGAGGAGAGAGUCUUAUGUAUUGCUUCCAGCAGAAAGCGGCCUGUUCUAAAAUGGGAGAACAAUAUGGCAUGGCCAGGAAAACUUAGUCUAACUGAUAGAGCAAUCUAUUUUGAGGCAAUUGGUUUAUCAGGGCACAAAGAUGCUAUAAAACUUGAUCUUACUAGAGAUGGACUACGAGUGGAGAAAGCAAAAGUUGGACCUUUGGGAUCUGCUCUUUUUGACUCAGCUGUCUCCAUCUCCUCUGGUACCGAGUCAAAAUCGUGGGUCCUGGAAUUUGUUGACUUGGGAGGUGAAAUGAGGCGAGAUGUCUGGCAUGCAUUUGUAGGUGAAGUUAUUGCUUUACACAAGUUCAUGCGUGAGUAUAGACCAAAGGAUGGUGAUGAAUCUUUGUUUCAUGUGUAUGGUGCUCUUAAAGGAAAGGAGAGAGCUACUAUCAGUGCUAUUAAUAGUAUAGCGAGACUUCAGGCCCUUCAGUUUAUGCGGAAGUUAUUAGAUGAUCCCACCAAACUUGUUCAGUUCACAUAUUUAGAGUAUGCACCCUAUGGUCAUGUUGUUUGUCAAACUUUAGCUGUAAAAUUUUGGGGUGGACCACUAGUUACAAAAUUUAUGGAGGCAGGCAGUCAAUCAACUGGAGGAGCAACGCCUUCUGAUGAGGUAUUUGAAAGAAAUAACCAUGUGUUUGACAUCGAUGGAAGUGUUUACUUACAGAAGUGGAUGAGAUCUCUGUCUUGGGCUUCCAAUGAUUCGACUACUUUCUGGAAUAACUCUUCAAUAAGACAAGGGGUGGUAUUAAGUAAAAAUCUAGUUGUGGCUGAUGCAACUCUUGAAGAAAGAGCAACAGAAACAUGCAAACAAAAAUACCAUGUGGUCGAGAAAACUCAGGCUACAAUUGAUGCUGCAAUGCUUAAAGGGAUACCUAGUAACAUUGAUCUUUUCAAGGAACUUGUCCUUCCUCUGACAAUAAUCGCGAAGAAUUUUGAAAAGCUUAGGCACUGGGAGGAACCAUACUUGACUAUUUCUUUUCUUGCAUUUGCAUAUACAAUAAUUUUCAGAAAUUUGCUUUCAUAUAUAUUUCCCAUGGCCUUGAUGAUUAUAGCGGCUAGCAUGCUAACAUUGAAGGGGCUGAAGGAGCAGGGCCGCCUUGGACGAUCAUUUGGGAAAGUUACUAUCCAUGACCAGCCACCAUCAAAUACUAUUCAAAAGAUUAUGGCCAUAAAAGAUGCCAUGCGUGACUGUGAGAACUAUUUGCAGAAUCUGAAUGUCGCACUACUAAAAAUACGUACUAUUCUCCUCUCAGGUCAGCCGCAGAUAACUGCUGAGGUUGCACUGGUGCUUUUUUCUUCUGCAACCAUUCUGUUUGUUGUCCCCUUCAAGUAUGUUCUUGCUUUUCUUCUCUUUGAUCUCUUCACUCGGGAGCUAGAGUUCAGGAUGGAAAUGGUUAAGAGAUUCAGAAAGUUUUUGAAGGAACGUUGGGACAUGGUGCCUGCAGCACCUGUAGUUGUAUUACCAUUUGAAAAUGAACAGUCCAGGUCAGAAACUGAAACAAAGGAAACAGAGGACCAAGAAAAACCAGAAAGAAUUCAGAACAGUGGCAAGUCUGGAUAGAUUGUGUAUGUACACUUUCAGAGUAGGUUUUUGUUGAAACAUGGUUGAAAUUAUCGCCUUCAUAUGGUCCAAGUUUGAUUUUCAUCCCCCAAAUUGAAAAUGUUGCACUUUUGUUUUGUCUUUGAAAUUUUUAAAAGUAUUGAUUUUGUCCUUCAUCUGUUUUCCUUCAAAGGAACUGCAAACAUGGCAGAGGGGCCCGGCAUAAAUUUUGACAGCAGAUGGAAAUCAAACGUAGGCCAAAUUUUGAAGGCUGAAAGUGUAUUGAUAAAAGAUUUACUGCUAGCUCCCGAGAAAAGAAGAUGUAAUGUUAUUGCAAUUUUUAUUUAUUUUUGGUAUAGAAAUUGGUGUACAUUGUGUUUU